AUGAUCCUUUUUGAAUUUGACAUUGUCUUCACAACACAAAAAGCAGUCAAUGACCAAACCAUAGCAGAUCAUUUGACAGAAAAUUCAAGAGAGGAUGAUUACCAGCCAUUGCAUACCUACUUUCCUGAUGAAGAAAUUAUGUUCAUUGGAGCAGUUGAGGACAUGAGUGAGCAGUAUCUUGGAUGGAGAUUAUUUUUCAAUGGUGCGUCAAAUUCUUUUGGAGUUGGAAUUGGAGCAGUUUUAGUGUCGCCAGGGAAACACUAUCCUGCUACUGCCAAAUUACGUUUGCUUAGUUUGGCCAGUAAAUUCAGGAAUUUGGAACUCAGACAUAUUCUUCGCACUCAUAAUGCCUUUGCUGAUGCUUUAGCUACUCUGUCUUCGAUGAUCCAACAUCCAGAUGAGCUAGUGAUUGAACCUAUACAAAUUCAACUUCAGGAUAGGCCAGCGCACUGUCUGAUGUUCGCCCCUGGUUAUGCAGAAGGGUGGGUUGGUUAUAUACUCUUAUGCGCGUUCCUUCUUCAAACCUUUUGGUAUGUAUUGCCCCCUAACUAUAGAUCAGAUCCACCAGACGAGAAACAAAAUUCCGCACUGCUGCUGAGUCGUCGGACUUAUCCACCAAGGGAUUCGUGGAAUUUCUCAAGAAAGAAAAGAAAAUGAUUGUUUUUUAAUCAGCGCCCCCCUUUUGGGUAUGCAGGUACUAAGAGCCCUCUCACUACCAACCAGCAGACAUCAUCUGGUUGGGUCUUGCCGGGGAGAUCGGAGCAAGAGGGAAGGCCUAGACGACGUUUUUAUUCAUCCUGGGCUGCAGUAAGUAGAUCAAGAGGUCGUUCCGCCCCUUGUCCCCGAAUUAGGGUAAUAUAUUCUCUUUGAAUCUUGCUCCAAUCUGACCUAGCUGGCGAGCAAUCCCAGUUCGCGACAGAGAACAAGACAGCAAGCGAGCGUACCUUUGUUCGCUUCUUCUCCACCAAGCAUGGAAGUUUAAGGAUAACUGUAGGUCGGUAGUUACCAAAGGAAACUCCGAUUCGAUCCGCCCCCCGGCCGGGAGGCAUCUAUCUCAUCCCGAUCACAAGGAGAGGUUCACUAUGAUGGGGGGUACUUUUUUUCC